GAGCCAAAUCAGGGACAAAAGUUUUGUCAAUUUGAAAAAAAAAAUUGAAACUGAAAGUUUAAGUAUUAAGCUUGAACUUUGAAAAAUACAAAAAUAUAUUUGAAAUAAAUAUAAGUGUAUUAAAUAAUUUUUCAGCUUGUAUAUAAUUUUGAUUCAAUUCGAAAAUAGUUUUAAACAAUUUUUGUUUUUUUAAUUUUCACUUUUUUUUGUGUAUUUUGAUAUUUGAGAUCUUAUAUUUUUCAGGUGCAAUUUUUUUUUACAGUUUCGAUUUUUUUUUUUCAGGGUUCAAAUCUUUUUUUUUACUUUCAGAUCUCAGUUUUCAGGUUUCAGACUUUUGGCCCUGAUUUUGCGUGUGGGCGUGGUAUCAUAGGAAAGGGGCGUGGUAUACGGUUGAGGACCUACUCCGGAGGACCCUGUCAAUGUGCCUGCGUGGAUUAUAUAUGUCUGUACGUUCUCCCUCGCGCGAUGGCGUCCGCUCCUCCUGGACAGCCUGCUGGCUCCAGCACACAGGUAAGAUAUAUUAGGUAACUUUAGUUAUAUUGAGCUGGUACUCUAGAAAAAUGCCAAGUUAAAGUCGUGUAUGUGAAAUAGCGAUAUGUAUUAAGGGAAAAGGCGUCUUGUGGCGGGGAAAGUUGCGAAUUAAAUUCAGGGCUAGCGUUAUCUAGCAUUAGCCUAGCAUUAGCCUAUGCUAGUAGCUACAUAGCUAACUAGUUGGGGUAAAUUUUACUCGUCAGUCGGGUUCAGCUCACUGUUCUGUAUUGUAAGUGUAUGGUCUUAGCUAUUUGUCUUCGUGAACAUCUGUGUUUUUGCCAGAAAGUCGACUAUAAUUCGACAGUGGCUGCAGCUGCGCAGAGCCUCAUAAAUGUGCUCACGCAGAACCUCUCUCAUGGACAGCAAGAGCAAGGAAGAAGGCAGGAACAGAGCCAGUCUACUGUAGAGCAAGAUAUGGCCAGGUCUUUCCCUGGAUUUUUUACAAAAAAAAGUUACCUUGGAAAGAGAAAGAUACAGAGUCUGAAGACGUAUGGCCCAGCAAAUACAAAAACCUGGAAAUCUUUCAGUUUCUAUUCAUACCUGUUAAACAGGAACUCUGAAUUAACCCCAACGUCAUCUGAGGAAUUUGAAUUUGCUCAGGCAGGACUUGGAAAAAGACAUCUCACAAUGUUAAAGGACAUGAACCAUGACGAGAUCUUUGAACUACUUCAAAUUGAGUAUCCGAAGAUGAAGGGGCUGACUGGUGGAUGGCUACUCUACAAGGCAACGGGUGGUCAGGGUAGAAGGAGACUGAUAAUGAUUCCUCCUGAUUCUAAUGGAUAUACUGGCUCGCUAAUUCGCAGUGUUACUGGGGCAGGGAAAAGCAUCCUGUACAUCGUGCCUUUGCAACAUGAGUUUGACCUAACUCCACUACCUCCGGAUGCCAUCGAAUUUCAAAGGAUGCCAAAAGCACAAUGCCAAACAUGCAAAGUGAGUUUCCCUUUGCAGAUUUUGGCCCUUCAUGUUCAAGAGUGCACAGAGUCUCCAUCAUCAGCAGAAGAUGCUGAGACAUGUUCAAGUGAGGUCCAGAUUGUUUCUGUGACAGCCCCCCCUGUGUUUUGUGACCCGGAAACAGCUGUUGAGGAGGUUCCGUGUCCUAUAUGUUUCAUAGAAUUCACACCACAGUUUCUCGAGGUCCAUGCUAGCUCUUGUGGAGAAAGAGAAAAAGAUGACCUUAUGAUGGCUGAGAGAAGUGACGUGAGCCAGGACAAUGAAGGAGAGCAGAUCAAAAGUGUUGAUGACAUUUUGGACACCAUUUCUCGAAGAGUUGACCAUGAAAAGCAGUUCCACAUACAAAUCUCAAGAACAAACAUUCUGGAGAGAGGACUUCUGCAGUGGCAACGGCAAAAAAAAAAUCUGCCGACUGCUGCUCUUAAAGUGACUUUUUUUGGGGAGGCAGGAGUGGACACUGGUGCUCUUAGAAAAGAAUUUCUCACAGAAAUGGUGGCAGGAAUUGAGGAUCGUUUCUUUGAGGGAACACAAAAUAAGAAGAGCCCACGAUACUCUCUGACCGACUUUGACAAUGGCAUGUACAGGACAGUUGGUGAAAUUUUGGCUGUUAGUUUGGCACAAGGUGGCCCGGCCCCUACCUUUUUCAGCCCGUGGAGCUACUAUUACCUUUGUAAUGGGCAGAUAAACCCGACGACCCUCAACAGUGAUGCAGUUGCAGAUGUUCACUUGCGAGGGCUAAUUGACCAGGUGGAGAAGUCGACUGAGCAUUCAAUUGAAGACCUAUCUGAUGAAAUCUUAAACUGUGGAUAUACAGGCACCAUCUCCAUUCAAAACAAGGAGUUAAUCAUUCGUGCCGUUAUACUCCACGCAGUGCUGAGGUUGCAGCCUAUGCUAGAGCAACUAAGGGAAGGCCUGCAACUGUAUGACCUUCUUUCACUCCUCAGGCAGUACCCUGAUAUCUGCCAGCCCCUUUUGGUUCCUGGAGAAGAUGUAAAAGUCAGUGCAGAGUUUGUCAUGGCAUCCAUUUGUCCUCAACUUAGUGAUAAAGGGAGUACGAGACAUCAGAUUGAGCUGGAGCUUAUCAACUUUCUUCAAGACUUCCUUUAUGAAGCUGAAGUUGAAGAUCAGGGGCAUGGAGAGGAAAAAGAGGGACCACACUCCAUUACACCUGCCAGGUUUCUGCAGUGGGUUACAGGUCAAGGUCACAUCCCCCUUCUUCCUUCAGAGAAGAAGGACUUUGCUGUAACUGUCAAAUUUAACCAUGACUGCAAUGCAGACUUUGGAAUUCAUAACAUCUGUUACCCUGUUGUGUCAGCAUGUGCCAAAAGAAUUGUGCUACCUGUUAGACACAUUAAGUCCUAUGACCAAUUCAAAAGCAUUCUACUGGAGGCUUUUUAUCUAGGCCAAGAAUUUAACAUUGUGUAAUCAAAUUAGGGCUGGGCAAUAUGGCCCUAAAAUAAUAUCACGAUAUUUCAUUGUAUUUUUGUGAUAACGAUACUCUUGGUGAUAUGACAAAACAUUGAAUUAAACAAAAUAUAUAUUUCAAGAAUACAGUACUGCAACAAAAUGAAUAUAUUCGGAAACAAAAUUAUCCAGAAUGUCUAGUUACUAAUAAUGCACUCCAUAUAUCCAGGAUUGAAGUAAGAAAUUUUACUGGACAGAUAUAAUCUGACUCUAGUAGAUAUAGAAUGGGAAAUGAGGACAGUGUGAAUUUUCCUUUUGAUACAAACAGUAAAAAAAGUAGUUCCCUGGAUGUGAUAAUUAGGGGUGGGUGAUAUGGCUCCAUAUUUCAGGAUAUAAUAUCGUUCACAAUAUUGAAAAAUGUUGGCGAUAUAAUUGCGUACAAUGCGAUAUGGCACAGCCCUAAAUCUAAUGCCUCUAUGUAAACUUAAAAUACAAUGUUAAGUACCAACUGUUAUGUACUCUGGUUAAAGAAACAUUUUAUAUGUAUGUUCACUUUGUUUCAAGAUCUUGCCAUGUUUGAAAAGAAAGUCAAGUAGGCAAGUACGAACUGUUGUAUGAAGUAAUUGUUACAACUUUUAAUAAAACAUGUAUUUUAGCAA